GCGGCCUCGCAGCGGCGCCGGUAGCGGCGGCGGGCGGCCCAUGGGAGUGGGCGGCACGGCGUGAGCUCGGGCGCGGGGCAGCCGGGGCCGCCAUGGAGGUGUGCGAGAGCGGCGAGCAGCCGCCGCUGCUGCAUUGGGAUCGCAAGCUGAGCGAGCUGUGCGAGCCCGCCGACCCCGACACCCUGCUGGGCCACACGCACUUCACAGAGUUCCUGGAUGAGUUCUCACCAGAUGUCCUAGGCCAGCUCUUGAACGAUCCCUUCUUGUCUGAGAAGAAUGAAGUGAUGGAGGUGGAACUGUCUCCAGCAUCCCCAGCACCACUCAUCCAGGCAGAGCACAGCUACUCCUUGUGUGGGGAUUCCCGGCCCCAGUCACCGCUGACCCACAUCUCGACUGAUGACAACUUUAAUGAAGGUGACCUGGAAAAUGAGGACUGGUGUCUGGGUUCAGAACUGACUCCAGCAGCAAUAAAGACUGAACCAGCGUUGUGCGAGACGUCAGGCCUUGCUCCCUCUGUCAGUCUCACUGUCACUGCCAUGUCACUGGACGGGGAACAAGCUGAGCUGCAUACUGAUGCCCUGAUGAAACCACUGAGCCAGAAAGCUCUUCCAGAGAUUAAAUUGGAGCCUCAUGAAGUGGAUCAGUUUCUGAAUCUCUCUUCUAAGGAAGCAGUUGAUCCCCUGCAUUUGCCUCCAACCCCUCCCAGCAGUCAUGGCAGUGACUCUGAGGGAGGGCAGAGCCCAGCUAGAUCUCUCCCUCCUUCAAGCCCAAUCCAGCUGCAAGCCGCAGCUAAAGUGGCAUCACGCACAGCUUCAGCACUCUCCAAUUCCCCUCUCCUGACUGCACCACAUAAAUUGCAGGGGACUGGUCCACUCAUCCUGACAGAGGAGGAGAAGAGGACGCUGAUAGCAGAGGGGUACCCAAUCCCUACCAAACUGCCCCUGACAAAAGCAGAGGAGAAAGUGCUGAAGAAAAUCCGCAGAAAAAUAAAGAACAAGAUCUCUGCCCAGGAAAGCAGAAGAAAAAAGAAAGAAUACAUGGACAGUCUGGAAAAAAAAGUUGAGAACUGUUCAAACGAAAACAGUGAGCUACGUAAGAAGGUUGAAGUCCUGGAAAGUACUAACAGAACACUUCUGCAGCAGCUGCAGAGACUCCAGGCCAUGGUUGCUGGGAAAGUGUCCCGUUCAUGUAAGGCAGCUAGCACACAGACAGGGACCUGUCUUAUGAUGGUGGUGCUGUGCUUUGCAGUUGUUUUUGGCAGCUUUUCUCAGAGCUAUGGACCAUAUCCUUCUGCUACAAAGAUGGUGUUGCCCAGGCAGCAUUCCUCGCCAGAGUCCUACACAGACUCCAUUGUGAGGUCACGGAGUCUGCUAAUUUAUGAAGAGCCUCACCAACUGGAGGAGUCGUCAAGCCCAAUCUCAUCUGCAGAUCGAAACGACAGGCAUGCAGACACCACCAAGUACUCAGCACUAGCUCUGGAAGCUGUGCCGGUGGUGCAGCGGGAUGAUAUCAUGGAGUUCACAAUAGCCAACGAGACACGGCUAGAGAAAUCAGUGCUUCUGGGCCUACAGCAGCACAGAGUCAACUCUGAAAUGGAAGGAAAUGAAACACUGAAGAUAAUUGAAAUAGAUAGAAGAGUCAAUGCCACCUCUUAAAAAUAAAAAGGCCUUUUUUCUUGA